AUGACUUUAUCGAGUUCCGAGGAAAUCGCUCGGAUCCUAAUGAGAACUGGAUAUAAGCCAGUAUUGGAAGAAUAUUCAAAGAUGGCAAAAGAGAAACAGAAUACCUCAUAUGUUCCACGUUUUUUUACAUCUUAUCGUGUAAAAUCCCACGAAUAUACAAAUAUUUUCAACGAGAUGGCAACAGAAGAAAGCCUUUCUGAUAUACUGAACAGUAUUCCAACAACAGAAGAUAUAAAUAAACUGCGCGAUGAAUUUGAACAAAUGGUAUUAUCUCCGUCAGGACUUCCUGUUCUUGGUGUUAAACGUGAAAAUAGAACAAUGAGAUACAUGCAAUACCAACAACUUCGUUCAAAAUGGCCAGAAAAUCUUCAGAAAUUAUUAUCAACAAAACUCUUCUUAAACAUAGGUGGGAACUCUCUUAACACGAUGUUUUACGACAAAUUUUUCGAUUUUCUUUACUUUUUACCUCGAGCUGCAUCUCAUUUUCUCGAAUUACGAACUUAUGAUCCCUACAGAACGGGAACUAUCAGUGACAUUGCUUUUUUAAAGUAUGCUAGACAGUUUGCAAGUCAAAUGGCUUUUGUCAAAUUACAACAAGAAUCAAAUCCGCAUUUUCUCGAUCAGUACGUAACUAUAAUAUUCAACUUUGUCUUUAUGUCGAUUGAUUACCUCAAAACUGGCAUUGCACCCAUCAAAAGUCUCAUUAACUCUCCAUUUUUAUAUUAUUUCAUCAGUCUCGACCCAGAUGACGAAGAUUGCAACUUUGACCGCAACAACAUAUUCUCUCUUAGUUCAGCCAACUUCAUUAUUACAGAAUUCCACGAAGCAGAUACAGAUGGUGAUGGAAUUUUAACUUCUGACAAUUUAACUCAUCUUUCAACUGUUCAUUUGAGCCAUGCCUUUGCAGAUUCACUUGUAUCAUGUUGUACUAACAGAGCUACGGACUUUUCCUGGUUCGUGAGGUUCAGAGCGUCAUGGGAAAACUUAGGAACUGUUUGGGCAAAUUCUUUUAUUUUCGACGCGUUGGAUGUCGACGGAGAUGGUUUUAUUAGCAAUGAAGAUGUUGAUUUCUAUAUCAAGGAGAUAGUACAUGAAGCAAGAAUUGCUAUUUGUAAUGAUGAUAUACCAAUUAAACCAAAUCUUCCUGAGAUUUAUGAUACAAUGAAAUUUGAAGAUUCGAAACUUUCGAAAGAAAAGUUUUUGCAGACAAAGAAUGCUGAUUUCUUGGUGAAAAUGCUUGGUGAUGUUAGGUAUUUUGUAUUGGCUACAACAGGUAUUGAUUUGUUUUCAUCUUCUGAUUCAAACUCUUUUUGA